CAGCGCAGCGCCUUCGCCACAGCCAGCUGGAAACCUCCGGCUGCUCCGUGGCUCACUGCGCUCACUGUCACUCCUUCCGACAAAUCCACCGCCACGCUGACAUCCGCCACCUGUGGGGGGAAGGAUCAGCUGAGUUUACUCCACAGAAGAAUGGAGGCCGUCCCGAAAAGCCGCGGCAGCUCCCCGUCGCUGUAGUUAGCAGCUAGCCAGCUGGCUAAAGGUAGCCUCUCAGUUCUAUCAUCGCUAGCUAGCUGGAGGAGAUUCGUACAAGCUGGCAUCGAAAGCCGUCCUCGUCAGCCAUGGGGAUAUUAUUCACGAAGCUCUGGAGGCUUUUUAAUCAUCAAGAGCACAAAGUGAUCAUUGUGGGCCUGGACAACGCUGGGAAGACCACCAUUCUCUACCAGUUUUCGAUGAACGAGGUGGUGCACACGUCCCCGACCAUCGGCAGCAACGUGGAGGAGAUCGUGGUGAACAACACUCACUUCCUGAUGUGGGACAUCGGGGGCCAGGAGUCUCUCAGGUCCUCCUGGAACACCUACUACACUAACACAGAGUUCGUCAUCGUGGUGGUGGACAGCACCGACAGAGAACGGAUCUCCGUGACCAAAGAAGAACUCUACAGAAUGCUGGCACAUGAAGACCUGAGGAAGGCGGGUCUGCUGGUCUUCGCCAACAAGCAGGACGUGAAGGGCUGCAUGUCCGUCGCCGAGAUCUCCCAGAGCCUCCAGCUGACCUCGGUCAAAGACCACCAGUGGCACAUCCAGGCCUGCUGCGCCCUCACCGGGGAGGGGUUGUGUCAGGGUCUGGAGUGGAUGAUGUCCCGGCUGCGCGUCAGAUGAUGACUCCCGUCAGCAGGGCGCCGUCUCUCCCUCUGCUUUCUGCUUCCACACACUGGAGGACCAGGAGGAGGAGGAGGACCGGGGGGGGCUGUCCUCUGUCCUGAGACGGCAGACCGCUGCCGGGGACGUUCCAUUCUUCUCUCAUAAUUUAUUUUCCCAGAGAGGUCUGAACUGAACUGAGAGAAGCAGAAGGCCUCUCUGAAGGACGGAGCAGCGACGACACUCGGAUCUAUUUAAACAGAAUUUCCUGCACGGUUUUGUUGUUUCAGCGCCGGUCGGCGCCGUGCGCGGCGUGGAGCGGCACACAGACGUUUCCUCCUGCUGUGUGAGCGCAGCCCUCCGUGGCCUUGCAGUAUUGCCGGACUGGCCGCGGCGGUUUCCGCCGCCCGGCCGUGUGAACAGUCCAGUAUUCUCUCUGAACUGGUGCCUGCGGCGGGACGGCGGCCGGGGACGGCCGGGGACGGCGGCUGGGGACGGCAGCCGGGGACGGCCGGGGACGGCCGGGGACGGCCAGGGACUCGCUCACAGAACGUCCUCCUGUUCAGUCCCCAGGAAGAACCAGUGAAAUAAAGUGUUUUUAUCUGUUUGAGGCGACCGACUGUUCUUCUGUU